AUGCUCGGCAACGUCUUCAACUGGUUCUCCCCAAAGCGGGUGCCCUCCCCGGAGGCUACCCGGGAUGCGACCACCACUACUGUCCAGAACCAACAGCCGUCCAGCCCUGAUGCUCCCUCCGCGGAGCGUGUCAUGACGGAGCAGCCCAUUCCUCCUUCCUCACAGAAUUCCCAGGAGAACAUGAGGCUUCGCGGUGGUGGUGCGGGCGAUGUCUGCUGCGGCGUCUGUGCCGGUCUUCUUUGCUUCGAAUGCUGCGAGGACUGCUGCUAA